CACUUACACCGGAACUAGAACCUAGGUAAAUUUCCUGAGUCAUGUUGAUGUUUAUUUCAGUCCAAUUUACCGCUUAGUGAGUUGAGCUAGCUAUCGUUCAUGAUGGAGCAAACUGUUUCAAAUGUGGAAGUCUGUAAUUUAGCCUUCACUGGUGAAUUUGACAAAUUAAAGAAAUGUAUUUUAACGGAUAAAUCGCUCGUUUGCAAAACGGACCAGGACCAAAGGACCGCUCUCCACUGGGCCUGCUCGGCUGGACACGUCAAGAUCGUUGAGUUUCUGUUGGAUUUGGGGGUGGAAGUCAACCUACAAGAUGAUGCCGGUUGGACUCCCCUCCACAUCGCAGCAUCUGCAGGCAGGGAGGAGAUAGUGAAGUCACUGAUUAACAAAGGAGCCCAGCUGAACUCAGUCAACCAGAAUGGCUGCACCCCUCUGCACUAUGCUGCCUCCAAGGACAGAUAUGAGAUCGCCCUCCUGUUGCUGGAGAGUGGAGCGAACCCUAAUGUCACAGAUAAACUGGAGUCUACUCCCCUACACAGAGCUUCAACCAAGGGCAACUGCCGUCUGAUCCAGCUGCUGCUCAAACAGCGCGCUUCUACCAACAUACAGGACUCUGAGGGAAACACUGCACUCCACCUGGCGUGUGACGAGGAGCGUGUGGAGGCAGCUAAACUCCUGGUGGAGAACGGAGCCAGCAUCUACAUAGAGAACAAAGAGGAGAAGACGCCAUUACAGAUCUCUAAAGGUGGUCUGGCCACUCUGCUGCGGAGGAUCGUAGGAGGAAACGUCUGAUCCAUCUGACUACACACUGAAGCAGCGAGAAGAUCCAGUCGACGUGGUCUAAAUGGUCUUCCUCAUCUCAACUCUCCAUCCUUUUUCCUCAUCUCACCUCUCCAUCCUUUCUCCUCAUCUCAACUCUCCAUCCUUUUUCCUCAUCUCACCUCUCCAUCCUUUCUCCUCAUCUCAACUCUCCAUCCUUUUUCCUCAUCUCAACUCUCCAUCCUUUUUCCUCAUCUCACCUCUCCAUCCUUUCUCCUCAUCUCAACUCUCCAUCCUUUCUCCUCAUCUCACCUCUCCAUCCUUUCUCCUCAUCUCACCUCUCCAUCCUUUCUCCUCAUCUCACCUCUCCAUCCUUUCUCCUCAUCUCACCUCUCCAUCCUUUCUCCUCAUCUCACCUCUCCAUCCUUUCUCCUCAUCUCACCUCUCCAUCCUUUCUCCUCAUCUCAACUCUCCAUCCUUUCUCCUCAUCUCAACUCUCCAUCCUUUCUCCUCAUCUCACCUCUCCAUCCUUUCUCCUCAUCUCACCUCUCCAUCCUUUCUCCUCAUCUCACCUCUCCAUCCUUUCUCCUCAUCUCACCUCUCCAUCCUUUCUCCUCAUCCAUCCUUUCUCCUCAUCUCAACUCUCCAUCCUUUCUCCUCAUCUCACCUCUCCAUCCUUUCUCCUCAUCUCACCUCUCCAUCCUUUCUCCUCAUCUCACCUCUCCAUCCUUUCUCCUCAUCCAUCCUUUCUCCUCAUCUCAACUCUCCAUCCUUUUUCCUCAUCUCACCUCUCCAUCCUUUCUCCUCAUCUCACCUCUCCAUCCUUUCUCCUCAUCUCAACUCUCCAUCCUUUUUCCUCAUCUCACCUCUCCAUCCUUUCUCCUCAUCUCAACUCUCCAUCCUUUUUCCUCAUCUCACCUCUCCAUCCUUUCUCCUCACCCAUCCUUUCUCCUCAUCUCAACUCUCCAUCCUUUCUCCUCAUCUCACCUCUCCAUCCUUUCUCCUCAUCUCAACUCUCCAUCCUUUCUCCUCAUCUCACCUCUCCAUCCUUUCUCCUCAUCUCACCUCUCCAUCCUUUCUCCUCUCCAUCCUUUCUCCUCAUCUCACCUCUCCAUCCUUUCUCCUCAUCUCACCUCUCCAUCCUUUCUCCUCAUCCAUCCUUUCUCCUCAUCUCUCCUUUAUCUGCACUGAUUUGAGGAAACAGGAUGAACUCUUCCAUAUUGUGUUGACCUAUCUUCUAUAUUCCAGUCCGGGGGGAGGGUACUUCCACCAGGCCAGUAACAGUUCAGUGGAGAUGAGGGAGAGGCGAUGAGGAGGCCACUGGACUAUUGAGAUGCAGUCUGUAUGGCAGCAUUUUUGUUGGAGGAAAGAGAUUUUCUGCCUGGACUGGAUGUAUCUCAGAGACUGACCAUGAUAAUACCCUACAGCUACUUACCAGAGAAACCUAUGUUGUAAGUUUGGAACUGUUCUAGAAAUUCAGCUUCUUAAAACUUGUUUAAAAAAAAGAUGUAAUAAGUUGGUGUCUUAACAACUUGAUUAAAUGAAUCACCUCAACUACAUAUGUUAAUAUCCAGGCUUAUUUAAAACAUGUUUCACUGUCUGGAUGUGUAAUGUGAUUUGGUAGUAAGUUCAUUGCAUUCAUUUGAUUCCAAUUAAAUUGAUCAUCUGUAACAAGUUACAUUAAAUUCCUAUUUUGGUUGUGAA